AUGUUCGCCAACGGUUCUGCGGGAAAGCGUCCUCCCACCGUGGCUUCUCCGCCUAACCAUCCUAGUUCCCAGUCCUCCAGUGAUAUGGGCAGAUCCAGACAUAAUUCCGAUGCCAUGGACAUCUAUACUAUCACCGAUCGAGACCCUACUGAAAGAGAACAUGCCAACGGGCGUUGGGGAAGCAAUGCAUCGCCCAGUGUGGCUUCUCCCAGUAACCACAGCCCCGAGAAAUCCCAGUUCCACGAGGAAAAUGGACGGACGUACCAUGGAUACCGCAGGGGUGUCUACAUGCUCCCAUGCGACGAACAGGAACAAGAUCGACUCGACAUCUUCCACAAACUCUUUACUGUUGCGAGGGUGUCGGACGGAUUGAUCUAUGCGCCCCAUCCUCAAAAUGGCCGUUUUCUCGACUUGGGCUGCGGAACCGGCAUUUGGGCCAUUGAUGUGGCCGAUAAGUACCCGCAGGCCUUCGUCCUAGGGGUGGAUUUGGCUCCCAUCCAGCCACCCAACAUUGAGAGGAAGAACUGCGAUUUCUACGCCCCGUUUGAUUUUGAAAGCCCCUGGGCCUUGGGCGAGGAUUAUUGGGAUUUCAUCCAUAUGCAGAUGGGCUGUGGCAGUAUCGCUCACUGGCCCAGUCUUUACCAGAGGAUCUUCGCCCAUCUCCGUCCUGGUGCGUGGUUCGAGCAAGUCGAGAUUGAUUUCGAGCCCCGAUGUGACGAUCGUUCCCUUGACGACUCCGCACUGCGUCGCUGGUAUCAGUCCUUGAAACAGGCAACGGAACAGUCAGCGCGGCCCAUAGCGCACAGCGCGCGCGACACUAUACGGAACCUACAGGAAGCCGGGUUUACCGACAUUGAUCACCAAAUGGUCGGUCUACCUCUAAAUCCUUGGCAUCAGGACCAGCACGAGCGAAAAGUAGCCAAGUGGUACAAUUUAGCCAUCUCGGAAAGCAUCGAGACGCUCAGCUUGGCUCCUUUCAGGCGUGUCUUUGGCUGGCCCAUUGAGGACAUCAAGCGAAUCGCCGCGGAAGUCAAAUCAGAAGCGUUUAACAAGGAGAUCCAUUCUUACAACAUCUUGCAUAUAUAUCAAGCGCGCAAACCCGAGGCUAAAUAA